CCUAUGAAUCAGUCUGUCUAUUAUGUUUUAAUUUACCAGUUAACUGUUUCUCAAUGCAUUUUAUAAAUUAAUUGUAUAUUUCUUGGUUAUUUAUGCUGAUUUAAUAAUGCUGUGGUAGCUUGAGUGUCAAGUCAAACACAGCCCUUCACAUUUAUACUCAAAUUUUGCUGGAAUUGCGUCUCAAAAAGCUGUGUUUUUAUUUUGUACUUUAGCUAAUCUUUUUUUAUCAUUAUUGUAUAUUCUGAUUUGCCUGAUCGUUUCAAGACAUGGUAGAGGAACGUUGGAACCAUCAUAACGGAUUAGAUGAACCUCCUCCAAAUCCACUUACAAAUGGAAUCAAGCCACUUCCAAUCUCUCAAAUAAGAAUUCCAAAAAUUGUAAGACCUGGACCCUCAUCUGACUUCAAUCCCCCUUCCCGUGAUCAGGAUAUGGCUGAUCGUGAACAGCUGAGGAAUCAACUAACAUCUUUACAAGCUCUUCUUGAAAAAACUUCAAAGAAAGGUGGUGAUUUAAUUCGUAGUUUUCGCGGAAGAGAUGUGAAUCAAUGUCCACAGUAUGCUGAAAAUUUGAAGCUACAGCAAGAUGUUGAAAAAAGGAUCGAAGAAGUUAAAGGAAAACUCUUCGAGGUAUCAAGAAGAUUAGGAGCGAACAAAGAAGAGGAGAAAAAAGAAGAGAAAAAAGAGAAAAAAGUAGAAACAAUCGAUGUUUCAAUUCCAAAACCUUUCAUUGGUGCUCCUAUAAUUGAUGAUGAUGAGGAUAUCAGCUUUAAAGUAUUCAAUGAUCCUGGCUGCCAUUGGUGUAAACAGUGUGAUAUAUUUGUCAGUGAUCUUGGUUCAUACUUGCAACAUCUGCAAAGUGAUAAACACUGGAAAGCUUGUGAAACAAAGGAAGAACCAUGGAGAAAAAGUCAAAUCAAACCUAAAAUCGAGCUCGAUAUAAAAAAGAUACCAGUUGAAAUCAAAGGUACUCACACACUCAUGCCUGUUCGGGGAUAUUUUUGCCAAGUUUGUGGCGUUCUUUUGGGAAGCCAAGGCCAUGCGGAAGAUCAUUUAAAAACAAACAAACACAAUCGAUGUUUUAAUCGUCAUGUAUUAAUGAAUGGUACAAUAGAGCUUAAUUACUCUGUAAGCAAGAGUCGCUCUCUUUCUAAAAUGCAAAAAUUAGAUGCUAAACGUCAACGCGAACAAGAAGAAAAAGAGGAAAGAGAAAAAGAAUCGAAAAAACGAGCCAUUGAAGCUGAAAUCAAAAAGAGGAUGGCCGAAGAGAAAGAUAAAGAGAACAGGUCAAAAAAGAAUAGAGAAUCUUCCGAAAAAGAAUCCAAAACUUCCAGAGAAGACGACCGAGAUAGAAAAGUUGUAAGAGACAGAGAGAGGGAUAGGGAGAGAAGUAGAGAGAAAGAUAGAGAUAGAGAUAGAGAGAGGGAAAGAGAUAGAGAUAGAGAUAGAGAAAAAGAUAGAGAUAGAGAGAAAACGAAGAAUUCUUUACAUAAGUCGAGUAGCCACAGUAGAGAUAAGAUUAGAGAAAGAGUGAAAGAGAAAGAAAGAGAAAGAGAGAGGGAAAGAGAUGCACUUAAAAACAAAUCGAAGCGUCACGAUGAUUCCAAAAAAACUGAAAAACCAAAUAAAAGCUCAACAACGAUCAUAGAACCUGUGGAUGAAAAUGUCUUUGGUCCUCAUUUUCCGUUCCGUGACAGAAAGUUGGCAAUGAAACCAAUUGUUCAUAUCCCUAAAGAUGAAUGGCAGCUGUGCUGGAAAAAACAUAUGAAACUUAUGAUGAAGGGCAAGCUUCCUACUUUUUCUGCAAAAUCAGAGCAAGAAUCUGUGCAAAAAUCGGAACCUGAAGAAAUUCAGAAACCACCUUCACCUCCUACUCCUUCUCCACAGCCACAAUUUUCUACUGAGGCGGAUAUGGAAGCUGUCGACUCAAGCAUUGGUGAUUUAGUUUUAUCGAUAAAUUAUGACAAAGAUUUAUCCGAUAAUGAAUUCGAUAAAGAUAAUGAUAUAAAUUUGAACAGUACUGUAAGUCUUGCCAACGAUAUGUUUACAGUAGAGUUCGAUGAUGAAAGUGAGAGAGCUGACAAAAUGAGAGAAGAAUCAGAUUUCGUUGUGUCACAAGAUAACGAUUUCCCUAGAUUUGAGCCCUUAGUCAUGAACACUGGUGAAGAAGAUGAACCUUUUUCCAGUUCUGUGACAGACACGCCAAUGUUAUCCCCUCCAAUGUGGGUUCAACCUAUGUCGCUUCAUGAUCUAGCAGAAUAAUACCUAAAUUACCUCACACAAACGCGUCGAUACAUUUUUUUCUCGAAUGAUUAAAUAUUACUCCUUUAAUUGUAAAGCCCUUUCCACAAAUCAUUCAGCAAAUAAAAUCAUUUCAUUUAUUUA